AAAUUGGAAAAAUCAAAACAAGAGAGAGAGAGGGAGACAAAAAAAAUCACCAUAGAAAGCGAAGCAACCAAACCAUAUUUCCGUGUCUAUCUCUAUCCUUACAACAUGAAAUAUGAACCCCCACUAUGUCACAGUAAUCUUAUUCUAUAGUUUACUCUCGACAGAUGCUCUUAUAACCCUCUCUUCACAACUCUUCUGGGGUUCCAAACUUCCGCAGUCUUUGACACAGUACUCUCUUUCAGAAAGAGAAAUUGGGAGUAAAGAGAUUAAACAAAUUAAACAGAUGAAGAUUCAGUGCGACGUGUGUAACAAAGAGGAGGCCUCCGUGUUCUGCACCGCGGACGAGGCAGCCCUGUGCGACGCCUGUGACCAUCGAGUCCACCACGCCAAUAAGCUUGCCUCGAAACACCAACGUUUUUCCCUUCUCCAUCCUGCCUCUUCUAAACAAGCCCCUCUCUGCGAUAUCUGUCAGGAGAAACGAGCUUUCUUGUUUUGUCAACAAGACAGAGCAAUUCUAUGCAGAGAUUGUGAUGUUCCAAUUCACGCCGCAAACGAACAUACCCAGAAGCACAACAGGUUUCUUCUUACAGGGGUUAAACUCUCUGCUACCUCUGCUCUCUACACAUCCUCCUCUUCAUCCUCCAUCGCUUCCUUAUCCACCGGCUGUGAUUCUGUUCCUGAAUUCAAGUCUCAACCUUCGAUCAAGAAUCCUGUCUCUGCUUCUCCAACAAAUUUGAAUCCAUUUUCACUUGCUAAAUCUUCACCCGUUAGCACAACAGCAGCAGCAGUAACAAACAAGAGCGGUGGAGAUAACCUGUUAGCAAAUGAAGGGGGUGGUUCAACGAGUAGCAUAUCUGAGUACUUGAUAGAGAUGCUUCCAGGCUGGCACUUCGAAGACUUCCUUGAUUCCUCUUCACCUCCCUUUGGUUUCUGUAAGAGUGAUGAUGGCAUGUUGCCAUUUUCCGAUGCUGAUCUUGAGAGCAAUAAGAGUUCUUUCUCGCCAGAAAGUUUAGGACUCUGGGUUCCGCAGUCACCAUCUCCCCUUUAUCCUCCCCAAUAUUCUUCAACAAUGGGAGGGCAAAUUGGGUUCAAGGAGACAAAGGAAAUUAUAGGCAUGAAAGCUAACAGGAGAUGGACAGAUGAUGCAUUUACAGUUCCUCAGAUCAGCCCUCCCUCCACUGGCUCUAAGAGAACUAGGCCUCUCUGGUAGAAUCAGAUCUUCAGAGUACAAAAGCCUCAUGUUCCCUUAUAGUUUGACAAGGAGCUCCAGUUCCCAUCUUUUGCCUUUUCUUCGUAUUUUCCAAUUUCUAGCUAAGUUGAUUUCAGUUUAAUGUCAUCUUUUCCCCUACUCUGACAGGGCCGGUUUUGUUUGUAGCAUUUUGUUGCUUUUUCGUGUACUUGAAUGCAACGACUUUGUAAAUAUCAAUGAAAAAUUUUCAAAGUUACUUUU